AUUCGUUCACGUCUUUCUAUUCCACACUAUAACUUCAGUCACUGUAAACGCGUUUAAUAGCGCAUCGCCAGUAUACGCGCACACUACACGCCGCCUCCUACCUGCCCAACAGUUGAUUAUAGGUACGCCAUACACCCUUCCUGCCGCCGUGCCGCCGCCCUUGCCGCACAAAAAGGACUUGUGUCACCACACACUCUAUCGACGCGUUUAUCCCGCUCCCCAUAAACUCGCGUAACUAGGUACUUGGACACUCAUAUGCAAGGGUGCCUCGUCCCUGGUCAGUCGCGCAUCCAUCUUCAUCAUAUCACCUACGUAGAUACGCGCGAUGCUUUCAUCAACACCAUCUUCUUCCCAACAAGAAUCAAUACGUACGCCUCUCGCUCAAAGCGCAUCCCUUCCGCCAUCAUUCGCGAUGCCUGGGCAAAGUGAACGGCCAGAUUCAGAGGAAGUGAAGUUGCGAAGAUCACCCGACACGACGCCUUCAUCACCCUCUGUAUCUGCAUCCGUCAGCGCGACCGCAUCAUCACCACAAUCUCUACCUGAUACUCGGGGUAUCAGCAUGAAAGAAGACGGCGAGGAAAAGGAUGUUGAUAAGCUGCUCAAAAAGGUCGAGUUGGAGAAGAAAAUGCAUCAACUGCAACAACGACUUGAGCUGGCCUCAGUCAAGGCCUCCAAUGGCUGGACGGAUUUGUCAGUGAAAGAGAUCGAGACUAAGCUUCCUUCGACUCCCUUUCGAUCUCGUAAAGCUCAUUUGAGUGUUAACACAAGGUCACCAAAGGGCAAUAAUCAAGUGUCUGCCAGCCCGGCGAUCCCUUAUGAGCCACCAUCGCCCUCACGUCCAUGGCAACUUAUCGACGUCCUAUGGCAGCCUCUUCCCCCACCUUCCCACGGAAUGUACCCUACUUCUCCUACAAGCCCUAUGAAGCGAGCGAGGACGGACGAUCAUCCCGAGGCUCCUCGGCCUAAUGGAGGAAGCCACGCGUAUCCGGUGGCACUGAGUAGCCCUGGCGGUAGUCGUACCGCUGGCCUCGGUCAUCGACGUGCCUCUAGCUCGCUGUCUGGUCAGACGCUUGAUAAGCGUAUGAUGGCUGCCGGGCCAUCGUCACCAUUACGAUAUGGCUUCGAGCACAAAGAGAGGAAGAAGCGAUCACAGUCGCAAUCAACGCAUUAUAGAGAUAGGGUGCCAACCGAACAGACUACGAGUCAAGACGUCGAUGCUGCCAAAGCACUUACCUUCAUGCUUGGCGGAGGGUCAGAAGACGGGGGGUCAAUGUCUCGUCGAUCUUCCAGUUCACUUCUGCCAGCUGCGGAGACAAGCUCUCUACCUCUCCCCGACUCAUUCGCAAACUCUGCUCCUUUAUCACCGACCAUGAGCUCACGCCGUUUAAGCCAACAAACCACGCCACGCCCCACUGUUGCGCGCACUCCCAAUUCUCAUGCGCGAUCAAAUUUGCUUCGUAAUUCUGGUGUAUCAAAUGACGAUAAACGACCGGAAGAAGACCAGGAUGCUGCAGAGUUGAUGAUGUUCUUGGCUCAUUCUCCUUCACCUUUGAAGUCCGCAAGGAAAUCCGUUCCUGCGGAAAGUGCCGACUUACCUGAUAAGCCUAGCUUUGGUGCGGCAGCAAGGGUACUUUUUGCAGAAGAGGACAAGGUCAAACCGCCUCUGCAUUCUAUUCUUGGAUCAAGUCUGCCAUCAUCCUCUCAUGGCAAGAGCCAUUCCAGGACGAGUUCAUACUCCCAUUCUAACCUUGCACUGGCUCCGCCCAUAACGCCCGACAGUAAAGACGCGGAUAACUCUCGCGUGGAGAACGAAAUAUAGUGACUGAAAUUGUCAUUCACUGGUAUUCAUUCCUGGGUUCUGGUUAACUGUCUUUGGGUUUCCCUUUGAGAUACAUAUAAUGCGGCUGUUAUAACAAAUGAUUGAUUUUGUUUAGAUUUUAUUGUUGGUCGUGAAAUGUUGCCAACUACCUUUUGGAAUUUUUUUGUACAAGAAUUGUAAUGAUAUUCGAAGAGAUCUUAUUAAGCGAGCCGGAGGUUUGAUGAGCCGGGGUAAAGAUGAUGUUGAUGAGACUCAGCAGGUCCCUGAUCUCAAGUCAUUCAUAGAUAACAGCUGAUAAAUUAGAGAUGCUGAAAUGCACUUUUCAUUGGUUG